AUGUCCAACAGCAGCUCCAUCAGCCACUUCCUCCUGCUGGCAGUGGCAGACACGUGGCAGCUGCAGCUCCUGCACUUCUGCCUCUUGCUGGGCAUCUCCCUGGCUGCCCUCCUGGGCAACGGCCUCAUCAUCAGCGCCAUAGCCUGCGGCCAGCACCUGCACACGCCCAUGUUCUUCUUCCUGCUCAACCUGGCCCUCAGCGACCUGGGCUCCAUCUGCACCACUGUCCCCAAAGCCAUGCACAAUUCCCUCUGGGACACCAGGGACAUCUCCUACACAGGAUGUGCUGCACAGCUCUUUCUCUUUGUAUUUUUCAUUUCAGCAGAAUUCUUCCUCCUGACCAUCAUGUGCUACGACCGCUACGUGUCCAUCUGCAAACCCCUGCACUACGGGACCCUCCUGGGCAGCAGAGCUUGUGCCCACAUGGCAGGAGCUGCCUGGGCCAGUGCCUUUCUCACUGCUCUACUGCUCACAGCCAAUGCAUUUUCCCUGCCCCUGUGCCAGGGCAAUGCCCUGGGCCAGUUCUUCUGUGAAAUCCCACACAUCCUCAAGCUCUCCUGCUCCAAAUCCUACCUCAGGGAAUUUGGAGUUUCUGUUUUCACUACCAUCUUAGCAUUUGGCUGUUUUGUGUUCAUUGUUUUCUCCUAUGCGCAGAUCUUCAGGGCUGUGCUGAGGAUCCCCUCUGAGCAGGGCCGGCACAAAGCCUUUUCCACCUGCCUCUCUCACCUGGCUGUGGUCUCCCUGUUCCUCAGCACUGGGUUUUUAGCAUACCUGAAGCCCCCCUCCAUCUCCUUCCCAUCCCUGGAUAUGUCACUGUCAGUUCUGUACUCAGUGGUGCCUCCAGCCCUGAACCCCCUCAUCUACAGCCUGAGGAACCAGGAGCUCAAGGAUACCCUGGGAAAACUGGGGACUAUCUUCAGGGCUGUGCUGAGUAUCCCCUCUGAGCAGGGACGGCACAAAGCCUUUUCCACCUGCCUCCCUCACCUUGCCGUGGUCUCACUGUUCAUCAGCACCUCAUUUUUCAGCUACCUGAAGCCCUCCUCCAUCUCCUCCCCAUCCCUGGAUUUAGCCCUGUCAGUUCUGUACUCGAUGGUGCCUCCAGCCCUGAACCUCCUCAUCUACAGCCUGAGGAACCAGGAGUUCAAGGAUGCCCUGAGGAAAACGAUGACU